AUGGCCCUCGUCGACCACCGCCCCGCCGCGACGAGCACUGCCACAGCUGUCGGCUCGCACGACCGGGCACCUGAGGGCGACGUGAGUGUCCCACUCUCCCUCCCUCUUGAGGCGCACCCGUCGUCCGUGCUGACCUCAUCUUCGGUUCCCUCGCCGCAGCUCAACUCGACUCGGGCCAACGCCGCCUUCGUCAUCCUCGCCCGCAACAGCGACGUGUGGGAGAUCCUCAAGAGCAUUCGCGGCAUCGAGGACCGCUUCAACCGCAAGUACCACUACCCCUACGUCUUCCUCAACGACCAGCCCUUCGACGACGACUUCAAGCGCCACACGUCCGGAAUUGCCUCGGGCCCGUGCUCGUACGGCCUCGUCCCCAAGGAGCAGUGGGAGGAGCCGCAGUGGAUCGACGAGGACAAGGCGGCCGUCGAGCGGCAGAAGAUGGCCGACAACAAGGUCAUCUACGGCGACUCUCGGACUUAUCGCCGCAUGUGUCGAUACCAGUCGUGGGCCGUCUUCCAGCACGACCUCCUCGCCGACUACGACUACUACUGGCGCAUCGAGCCCUCGGUCGAGUUCUUCUGCGACAUCGACUACGACCCUUUCAUGUACAUGCACGAGAACGGCAAGAAGUACGGCUGGACCGUAUCCCUGUACGAGUACGAGGCGACGAUCCCGACGCUGUGGAAGACGACCAAGGAGUUCACCGACGCGCACCCCGAGUACCUCGCGUCGCCCAACAUGCUCGGCUGGAUCACCAACGACAAGGGCGACUACAACCGCUGCCACUUCUGGUCCAACUUUGAGAUCGGCUCGCUCGCCUUUUUCCGGUCCGAGGCGUACACCAAGUACUUUGAGCACCUCGAUCGCGCCGGCGGCUUCAGCUACGAGCGGUGGGGCGACGCGCCCGUCCACUCGAUCGCGGCCGCGCUCUUCCUCAAGCCCGAGGAGAUCCACUGGUUCCACGAGUGCGUCCUCGCCCUUUCCUCUACCGUUCUCUUUGUCUGCUGCUCGUCAUCGACGAGCGUGUAG